AUGCCGGCUUAUCACUCAAGUUUCACUAAAAGUGACAAAUUACUGGGUAAUAUGGCCAUGCUGCCAUUGAAGACGACUUUUAGAGGUCCAGCUCCGUUUUUUAAUUUUCAGAACGAAGCUGACAGAUUGCUUAUUUACAUAACUUUAUAUAUCACGGAAUGCUUGAAACGUUUGCAAAAAUGUGCUACACAUAAUCAAGCGCUGACAGAGAUGUACUCGCUAGCGAUAUCUAAGUUUGAUAUUCCCGGUGAUCCUGGAUUUCCAUUAAAUUCUGUCUAUGCUAAACCAGAGACUUCUGAUGAAGCCGAUAAAAUGAGACAAUAUUUACAACAAAUUCGCCAAGAAACUGCAGCAAGACUUGUCGAAAAAGUAUACAGCGACAAUGGCAAGCCAAGCAAAUGGUGGUUGUGUUUCGCCAAGAAGAAAUUCAUGGACAAGUCUCUCUCCGGACCUGGUCAAUAA